AUGGUAAACAAAGACUUCGAAGUUAUGGAUACGCCCGCAAGCAGUUCAGCCUCCAGCCGUACUGCAGGAAAUCCCGAUGCUUACCUCCCGCCAAACGAGCCUACGAACCCAGCGACAGUUGAGAAUACUAUAGAAAACACCAAUGCGGGAGCGCAAACCCAGGCCCACGCGCAAGAUGAGCAGCCCCAGAGAAGCAAGCUCAAGAUCGCUCUGAUCAUGCUCUCCCUUGGAAUUGCCGUCCUCCUCGUGGCACUCGACAUCACUAUCGUUACCACCGCUCUACCAACGAUCGCCGAACAAUUUCAUUCUGCCUCGGGAUACACCUGGGUCGGUUCCGCCUACCUGAUUGCAAACUCGGCAGCCACGCCAAUCUGGGGCAAAGUGUCUGAUAUCUUUGGGAGAAAGCCUAUUUUACUGGUUACAAAUGCAAUCUUCUUCGUCGGUUCGCUGCUGGCAGCAGUCUCUGUGAAUAUGAACAUGCUCAUCGCAGCACGUGUUAUUCAAGGCAUUGGAGGCGGAGGCUUAAUCGUGCUGGUCAACAUCUGCAUAUCGGAUCUCUUCGCCAUGCGAGAAAGAGGAGCAUACUUUGGCAUCAUCGGUGGCGUUUGGGCAUUGGCUUCCAGCUUGGGUCCUAUCGUUGGAGGAGCUUUCACGCAAAAUGUUACAUGGCGUUGGUGUUUCUAUCUCAACCUACCUCUGGACGGAUGUGCGUUUCUCAUCAUCUUGUUUGUCUUGGAUUUGCACACGCCCAAGACACCGCUCUGGGAAGGACUCAAGGCCGUAGAUUGGCUAGGCUCACUGACUAUGGUCGCUGGAACGAUUAUGGUCCUCCUCGGACUCGAAUUCGGCGGAGUCACUUACCCCUGGAAGUCCGCGACUGUCAUUUGUCUCAUCGUCUUUGGGGUAGUCACCAUCGGAUUGUUCUUCCUGGUGGAGAGCCGUUUCGCGCCAUACCCCCUAAUGCCUCUCGAUCUCUUCUCCAAGAGAUCGAAUCUAGCGGCACUAGGAACUUGCUUUUUCCAUGCGUUUGUUUUCAUCUCUGGAUCCUAUUUCCUGCCUCUUUACUUCCAGGCUGUGCUUGGAGCAACGCCCAUACUCUCCGGCGUGUACCUCCUCCCGACCGCAUUGUCUCUGUCGUUCUUGUCAGCAUUCACCGGCGUCUUUAUCCGCAAAACUGGCCAAUAUCUACCCUGCAUCUGGUUUGGAAUGAUAUUCAUGCUCGCUGGCUUUGGCACAUUCAUAGACCUCGGUGUGCACUCGUCCUGGGCCAAGAUAAUCAUCUUCCAGAUUAUUGCUGGAAUCGGUGUCGGGCCCAACUUUCAAUCACCCCUCAUUGCGCUCCAAAGCCUUGUCCCGAAGCGCGACAUCGCUACUGCAACAGCAACCUUCGGCUUCGUUCGCAACCUCGGGUCUGCCAUUUCCAUCGUCGUCGGUUCGGUUGUCUUUCAAAAUGAGAUGAUCUCCAAACAACCGUUGCUCCGUUCAGCACUUGGCGAAAAAACCGCAGCAGCUUUUGGUGGAGGCUCUGCUGGUGCUAACGUCGGCCUCAUCAACACACUUCCUGACAACGAGAAGGAAAUCGCAAGGGAGGCGUUCGCUGAUUCGCUGUCCACUAUGUGGAUCUUGUACGUCUGUUUCGCGGGAGCUGGUCUUGCCGUUAGCUUUUUGAUCACGAAGAAUGUGCUGUCGAAGCAGCACGAAGAGACCAAGACCGGUAUCGAAGAAGAAAAGAAGAAGAGGCUAGAGAGAGAGGCUGCGAGGGAGGAGAGAAAGAGGAGUAAGCGGGCGAGCAGAGAUGAUCUUGCCGCGAGUAAUAUUGACUUAAGUACGGAUGUGGAAAAGGGCACUGAAGGGAUAGCUGUGCCUCCGAGUACUGAGAAGCUGUGA